CGCCACCUUCGCUCUGCCGGGCGGGUAAGCCCUUCGCUGCUUUCUCGUCAGCGCCGGCGCGGGCGGGUUGGUAGUCAUGGUGACGGGACGCGGAGCUGCGCUCGAGCCGGUCUCGAGCCAAGUGGGAAAGAGGACGAGGAGCCGGGAUCGCUCGCGGCCAUGACUGACAUUCUGUGCGAUUGGCUGAACAGAGAAGUGAAGCUUUCGCGGGCAGUGAAUCCAGAGUCUUUUGCCAGUGAAUUUUCUUCUGGUUAUCUCAUUGGAGAACUUCUCAACAAGUUUGAACUUCAGAAUGACUUUGCUCAGUUUUCGCAAAGCAGGGUUGCCAGUGCAAAACUUAACAACUUUUCUCGCAUGGAGCCCACCCUUCAACUUUUGGGUGUGCAGUUUGACCAAAACGUGGCUCGAAACAUCAUGACAGAGCAGCCUGGAGCUGCCACCAAACUCAUCUACCAAUUAUACGUGGCUCUAGAGAAAAAGAAAAAAGCAGGACUCACUGGAGUUGCCAUGGAUGCAAUGAGACCCUCGGCUCCUGCAAAGCUCAAGAGUGUAGGAACUGAAAUGUAUCGAGAGCGCCUUAAAACUCUAGUGCCACGUCAGGCAGACCUGUCACUCCAGCAGAUUUCGGACAACUUUCACAACAAAACCAAGGACCUGGAAAGUAAGAUAGCUCGUAUGCAAUUUGUGGAGCAACAACAAGCAAAGAAAAUCCAGCAGGAAAAGAAAGUUCAAGACGUGGAAUAUAAAACUGUAGAAAGAAAAAGGCAACAUGAAAUAAUGGCCAAAAUUCAAGCAGCAAUUAUCCAGAUUCCCAAGCCAAUGCUGCAGCGUCCUGUGAAGGCAAUCGAAGACCAAAAAUAUCUGAGAAAGAAGAAGGAAGCAGAAAACACAUAUGCAGAAAUUAACAAGUUUGAAAAGCAGAUGAAGAAAGAGAGCACUAUGCCUACAGUCUCCAAACUCUCUGAGAGCAUGAUGCAUACAGUAAUGCAUGCACAAGAACUAAAUGCUACAACCCCAGCAAUCACUGAGCUCUUGAAUACCUACUCGGAUGAUGAAUAUAUCAGGAAAAUUCAGAAACGUCUAGAGGAAGAUUCCUUUGCUCGCGAACAACGGGAAAAAAGGCGUCGGAAGAUGUUAAGAGAGCAAUUGAUAGCCCAUGAAGCACAAGAAGAGGCCUAUAGAGAAGAGCAGCUCAUCAACCGACUGAUGAGACAGUCCCAGCAGGAGCGGAGGAUUGCUGUACAACUUAUGCAUGUGCGGCAUGAGAAAGAAGUGAUGUGGCAGAACAGGAUUUACAGAGAAAAACAGUUUGAGGAAAGACGGCUCAAAGAAUUCCAAGAAGCUCUUGACAGAGAGGAAGCUCUUGCAAAACAAGAGAAAAUUGAGCUUGAGGAACAGGCCUUCAGAGAAAAACAGCUGCAUGCAAAACUUGCUGCCGAAAGAGCUGAGGCUCGUUAUAAGAAGCAUUAUUCAAUUUGUUGGGAAGUGGUUGAACAAAUCAUUGACUUGUCAACUAAAAUAGGAGAAUAUCGAACACUGACAAACAACUUAAUCCCAGCAAAGCUGGUGCGUGACUGGAAAGAGCUGUUCUUAAAAGGAAAACCAAUUUAUGAGCAAGCUGAGAUCGAUCCUUUGCCAACUGACCCAUCUCCAGAACAAUUAGUAGAACUGGACAAAAUGAAUUUACUAGAUGAAAAAGAUUAUGAUGAAUAUAAGUCUAUGAUUGAGGAGUGGUACCCAUCUGAAGAUAUCAGAGCAAAUAAACCUCCAGCCAGUAACCCAAUACUGGGCCAUGUAAUUCAUAGACUGAUGGAAAUCAUCUAUCCUCCAGGGCCUGAACCACCUGCACCUGUAUUUUCCCCGUUUCCUAUCAAGGGAUGCAUUUUGGGAAAGCUUUACAGUGGGAAAAGCACCUGUUUAAAGUUUUUGGAAGAAGUUUGCAAUAUCCAGGUGAUGUCUAUUGAUAAAUUGAUCACAGAAGCAAUCAAUGCCUUCCGUGAGAAUGAGAUGGGAAGUGAAUUAAGCCUGCUUCAAACCAAAGUGCAAGAGCCUUCCUUGAAUCAAAUUGACGUCCUGAAGGCAGCUUCCAGGGCUUCACUGAUGGCAUUAAAAGCUCAUGACUUACUGGAUAUGAACUCCAAUGCACCAUUUCAGGAGGACCAGAAAGAACUUGCCCAGAAAUCACCUUCGAUUCAAAUAAGUGACCAAGAGGAGAUGAGUGACCCUGGGGAUGAAUUCACCAAACUUUCUAUUCGUGCUCAGCUUGGUGCAGCAGCAGAGACCUUAUUAAAGAAAGGGAAGAGCAUUCCAGAUCAAUUGCUAGUCGGCAUCAUGGUGGAGGCUAUUAGUCGACUGCCGCCAGAAAAUGGCUGGAUCAUGGAUGGGUUUCCAAUGACACUGAAUCAGGCCAAACUGCUUGAAAAGGCAUUGACGGGGCGAGAUCCUGACCAGGCAGAAGCAAAGGCCAAAAGCUUGAAAAAAUCCGUAUUGGUUAUAGAUCCAUCGGCUCCCAAAGAGCCACCUGUACACCUACCGGCUCUUGACUUUGCUAUAUUGCUAGAUGCUUCGGACGACAUUGUGCUGGACCGGGUGGCAGGUAGCAAGUCUGAGUUCUAUCAAAGCAGGCAAGAAGAAGGCGACCAAAUUUCAGAAGUCCGAUUCCAGCAAAGAGAAAAAUUAGAUUAUGUGGAGAACCAGAUGCAGCACAGAAUUAUAGGUUUCCUGAACACAUGGCCCAAACUGGAAACCUGGUAUUCUGAGCAGCAAAAUAUACUGAUAAAGGUCAAUGCAGAGAUGGAGGAAGGUCUUAUGUGUCAAAGGGUAAAAGAAAUUUUAAUGGAAGAAAUGGUUAAAAUCAAAAAUAAACGCAAAGAAAAGGAAAAGAGAGAAGCUGAGAAGCUGAAAGCGCAAGAAAUUAUCCACCUUUUGCCGCAAGAAGAGGCACCGACAGUUACGGCAGAUAAAGUGGAGGAAGCUGCCUCUCCUGUCUCUCCAGAACUGCUGGAGCCACCACCUGCAGCACCUAAAGCAUCUAAAGAAUCCCCUUCAACAGAGUUACAUGUGAAAGGUAAAAAAGGAAAGAAAGAUGAAGCAGCCAAAGGAAAAGAUGCAGGAGGUAAACCAGGCACUCCACGAGGAAAAGGACAAGGGAAGUCUGUGCCACCUUCACCUGAAGACAUAUUGCCUCCUGUUCCUGUAGAGCCACCUCCAAUUAAACCAGGAUCAGAUGAAUGGGUUUACAUCGAUGAACCACUUCCUCAAGAAGUGCCCGAAUUUUUAGUUCCUUACUGGGAAACUGUGGAGAAAACUUAUGUGAAUAAUAUCAAAGCUACACUUCGAUGUCUCAGAGCUGAACAGCAUGUUAUCAUUUAUUAUCUAUCAGACAUUAGAAACCAUUUCAAGGAAUAUUUGAAACGCCCAGACCACAAGCAGGAGUUUGUGACUCAGUGGCAAGCAGAUUAUAACUCGGUAGCUGAUGACCUGUGGGAUGAUGAUGAAACGAAAGAAGAGUUACACCAAAGAGUUACUGACCUAAGGGAUCGUCUGUGGGAUAUCUGUGAAAAUAGGCGGGAUGAAGCGGAGCAAGAGCGAAGCGAAAUCAUGAAUGAUGGCUGGUUGCCGGACCAUAUGGGGCUUCUGAUGAACCACAUCUUUUCACUUAUGCAGAAUGAAGUGGACCGUUUCCAGGACACCAAGAGACUUUUGCAUGACUAUUAUAGAGGAAUGGAAGGCAAAAUCCCAACUGAGACCAUCACCGAGUUUACCAGAAUACCCUUGAUAGAUCUAAUUGACCGAGAACAAUCCAUGGAAGAGGGCAAGACUAGAAUAAUUCCUCUGACUGCUCACAGAUCUCCUUCUCCAGAAGGGACAAAGGAUAAGAGCAAAACAUUUCCAGUCAAGGUCAAGGAUGAUCUGUUUUCUGAAAGUAUAAUAUUUAAUUUUGGCCCAGAAGAGAAAAUGAUCACUGAGACCUAUCACAAUAUUGUAACAGCAAUAUCUAACAUGGUUACUACUGAAAUACAGUCAAAAGAGGCAGAGGAAGAAAAAGAGCGGCUGCUGCAAGAAAUGAAAGAAAAAGAGCGCCUGAAAUCUUCACAAGCAGUUGCUGGCAAAGGAGGCAAAGAAGGGAAAGGGAAAGGCGGGAAAGGAGGAAAGGAGGCAAAAGGCGGGAAGGAAGGCAAAGGCGGGAAGGAAGGCAAAGGCGGAAAAGAGGCCAAAGGAAAGGAAGGCAAAGAGGGCAAAAAGGGAAAAAAGAAAGAUUCUCCAACAGUGACUGAAGCAACACCGAUUCCUUUAUCCCCAGAAGAACUGAAGAAGCAAGAACUGAAGCUUAAAAUGAAGCAAGAAUAUUUUGCUGCACUGGAGCAUGAAGCGGAGGCUGCAAAAUCUCGACUGGAGCUGUUAAAAAUUAAAGCAUUAGCCUUCUCUGAGGAACUACAAACAAAAGCAGAACUAACAUACAGGAAUAUGGAAAAAUGGCUUGGAGAGAGAUUCUUAGCUGAAAUGGCCAGUGUUGACAAAUUAACCGAGGUGGCCCGCAACCAUAUUGAGACGUCUACCCGAAUCCAGUAUGAAUUAGUUCUAGAAGGGACAGAUUUUUACAUUAACGGUGAUAUCAAAGUAUUUCCAGAUCCUCUUCCUCCACCUCGUCCUCCUUCUGUAGAAACCGCUACAAAUGGUACUCUAACUAUUUCACAGCUUAGCACUCUUCAUAAACAGUUUCUACAGGUGGCACCUAAAGGUUUAAUACCAAGUAAAAUGUUCAUUGACAUUGUUUUUGACUUGAUCACUUUGAAUCUUGGCUCCAACUUGCUUCCUGAUGCUUGGCUGCACCUUUCCAUUUAUGAUUUGCAAAGCCUGGCAUCGCUGUUAACUGUGAACUCGGACACUGUGGACUGGCGUAGGUUCUUGCAAGCAGCAUCCCAGCCUUGGCCUCAGCCCUCAGUGAUGGAGCUGCUUGAAACGCUGCAGAGAUUCCAGGAUGUGGAUAAAGAUGCAUCAGGCUUUGUCACACAAGAAGAAUACAAUCAGGUUGGUCUAUGGUUCAAAAGCAGUGAAGAUUUAGUCAUUCCAGAAAGUCCUACGGAACCAUUGCCAUUUAACCGUCAGGAGCACCUUAUACAAUUUUUCUUCACUUUAUUUGCUGAUCCUGAAAAAGUCCCUCCUCAGCUAAACUACACCGAGAUGCUCCUUCAUUUUGCCUCCCAUCCUGAUUCUAUUGACGGUGUCUAUCGGGCCCUCAGUAUUGCAACAGGAACGUACAUCCACAGGAAAAAAGAGCAAAAGUCUCCUAUUCCCCAUUUGUUCGUUCCUUCUGCUGAGCAGCUGAUAACAGCAAGCGAGGGACACAAUGAACAGGAAGAGGAGGAGGCUGGGGAGGAAGGUGAAGAGGAAGAAGAGAAGGAAAAAGAAGAUGAAGCCCUGUCUUUCACCAACGAAGGAAAAAUCUCUCUGGCUACUCUACUCAGAGUGUUCCAGCAUGAAACAAACAAAGCUGCUGACAACCACAGAUUUAGUGGUUAUCUGAAACCGGAGGAUGAUUAUGAGCAUUUCAUUAAGGUAUACUGGGAUCUUGGAUCUGAAGAUUUGGAACCCAUCAAAGUAGCACUUCUUCUGAAACAUCCCUUCAUUCAAGACUUGAUUAACAACUACCAGGGGUACAGACUUAAUACAAUUUACGGGACAGCUGGAACGCUCCCAUGGGUCAGGGGCAACCAUCUGAGAGGGUUGAGCAAAUGGAGCACACUGAUGAUUGUGUUAAAAGGGUUCAAAUAAUAGGAAUUCCCCUCACAAAUAACAACUUUUAAAAUAUGAACCAACAAAGGAUUUUAAAACGAUUCUGCAGAGAGCGGAUCAAACACAUCCAAUUAAUGGAGAAAACGUCAUGUUUUAACUUAAAAUAUAAUGGAGUGGGAAGAAUUUUCAAUACAACAGAAGUGUUUCCCAAAUGCUUUCCUGAAUGUUUGGAGUUAAUCCUUACUCAUUUGUGUAGCUGUGUCCUUUAAUUAGCAUAGUAAUGUUUUGUAUGCACUGUAUUUUAAAUAAAAUUCUAUUUGGGCACUGUGAUGUGUAGUGGUUAAAGUGCUGGACUACGACCUGGGAGACCAGGGUUCGAAUCCCCACAUAGCCAUGAAGCUCACUGGGUGACCUUGGGCCAGUCACUGCCUCUCAGCCUCAUGAAAACCCUAUUCAGAGGGACACCAUAAGUCGGAAUCGACUUGAAGGCAGUACAUACACACACAUACACACAUGCUAACAUGAUCUAAAGAACUCAGGGCCAGAGUCAUUUCACACAUUAUGCAGUGGCAAACCAAGGUGUGUUCAC